GCGGCCGGCGCCAUUUUGCGGAGCCGCUCGUGUCGGGUGCCGCCAUGUUGGUGAGGAGAAAUCACCGUUACGGCCACUGUCCAAAUGCCCGCGUCGCCGCCCGCCGCCCGGCCGCCCCCGCGCCUCAGCCAGCAGCGGCGAGUAGAGACUAGAGCGGCAGCGCCGGCAGCGCGGGGCCGCGGCCGUGGCCCAGUGUUGGCAGUUAGAGCCCCACCUCUCUGGCGUGGUUGUUAAUAGACUGGAAAGUCUGUGUCUGUGUCGCUCACUAGUAACCGUGAGUUUUUACCACCUCGUCACCCGUCGGCGGCGGCCGGGGCCGGCUCCCGCGGCGGCGCCGGGCCCGCUGCCCCGCGCCCCGCCGCCGCCGGCCUGCAGACCGGCCCUCCAGCCCCGCCCCGUUCUUGACCAAACAUGACAGACUGUGAACAUGCAGGGCACGACAGAGAAGAUGGUGAAUUAGAAGAUGGUGAAAUAGAUGACACAGGAUUUGAAGAAACACAAGAACGGGAAGCAAAAGAAAAUGAAAAACAUAAAAAUGAAAAAGCUUAUAGAAAAUCAAGAAAAAAACACAAGAAGGAACGAGAGAAGAAAAAAUCCAAAAGGAGAAAACGUGAGAAACAUAAGCAUAAUUCUCCUAGUGGUGAUAGUUCAGACUACAGCCUUGAUUCAGAUAUUGAACACACAGAGAGUUCCCAUAAAAAAAGAACUGGUUUCUACAGGGAUUAUGACAUUCCAUUUUCUCAGCAUGGACAUAUAUCAGGAAGCUACAUGACAUCAAAGAAGAGUCAAUAUAACAAGAAAUUUAAAAGUAGAGAAUAUGAUGAGUACAGUAAUUAUAGUGAUGACAACUUCGGUAAUUAUAGUGAUGACAACUUUGGUAACUACAGCAUGGAAACAGAGGAAGAUUAUUCCAAUCAGUUGAAACAUUACAGACAAGCUAACGAAACAUCAAAUACUACCUUUGGGUCAUCAUAUUCUAAAGAAAUGGAGAAAAAACAGAGGAUGAAAGGACCUCAUCAUGGUACAGAACAGAGGGUUAAAAGUUUUAAUAUUGGUCGAGGCCGUGGUUUACCGAAGAAAAUCAAACGAAAAGACCGUGGGGGAAGAGUUAAUAAAGGGCCUAAUGUCUUCUCAGGAAUGGAUGAAUUUCAAGAGUAUAGUAAACCAGGGAAAAAAUGGAAGGUUAUGACUCAGGAAUUCAUUAGCCAGCACACAGUGGAACACAAAGGAAAACAGAUCUGUAAAUACUUCCUGGAAGGAAGAUGUAUUAAGGGAGAUCAGUGUAAAUUUGAUCAUGAUGCAGAGUUGGAGAAGAGAAAAGAGAUCUGCAGAUUUUACUUACAGGGAUAUUGUACCAAAGGAGAGAACUGCAUUUAUAUGCAUAAUGAAUUUCCCUGCAAGUUCUAUCACAGUGGAGCAAAAUGUUACCAAGGAGACAACUGUAAAUUUUCCCAUGAUGAUCUGACUAAAGAAACAAGGAAACUUUUAGACAAAGUAUUGAAUACUGAUGAAGAACUUAUAAAUGAAGAUGAAAGGGAAUUAGAAGAACUUAGAAAGCGUGGUAUAACUCCUCUUCCCAAACCACCUCCUGGAGUUGGGCUUUUGCCAACCCCACCUGAGCAUUUUCCCUUUUCUGAUCCUGAAGAUGAUUUUCAGACAGAUCUCUCUGAUGAUUUCAAGAAGAUUCCAUCUCUCUUUGAAAUAGUUGUAAAACCUACUGUGGAUUUAGCACAUAAAAUUGGGAAAAAGCCACCAGCGUUUUAUAACAGUGCCUCUCCACCAGGACCACAGUUUCAAGGAAGCAGUCCACAUACCCAACAUAUCUAUAGUUCUGGGGCAAGUCCAGGUUCUGGACCCAGUAUGUCUGGAGAAUGCAGUAGUCCUGUGAUGCACCCAGGCUCUCCUGGACAUCACCCAUGUGCAGAAGCUCCCGGUGCUGCAGUGUCACAGAGCCCACCGUUGCCACCUGGUCCUCCUGAAAUUGUAAGCCCUCACAGUCAAGCUGGAGGUCUUCAGGCAGAUGCUUCUUUGACACCACAGAGUAUGGGUGGAACUUACCACUCCCCGGGCUUUCUGGGACAUGGAAUGAAAGUACCCAGAGAGAAUCCCUGCUCUCCAGGUUCUUCAUACCAGCAGAUCCCCGGGGAAAUGCAGCUCAGCACCGACUAUGACUCCCUACAGAACUCAGCUGAGUUUUAUGAUAAUUACUAUUUACAACAUGAUGUCCAUAACUUUCAGCCACUCCAUAACUCUGGUGAUGGCAUGUGGCAUGAGGAAUUUGCCCAAGAGCAGCUGCCCAUUGGUCAGGAUUCACCUACCCUUGAGAAUGAGCCUGACACUAGCAGUAACAUGACAGCCCAUGGCCCUCUGCCUGUUCCAGGGCUCCUUCCUGCAGUACAGAGAGCUCUAUUUGCUCGACUUACUCAAAGGUAUCAGGAAGACGAAGAACCAGCUAGCACCCAGUCUCAAAGAACACCAAGCAAGGAAGAAGAUGAUACAGUUAACUGGUAUUCCAGUAGUGAAGAAGAAGAAGGAAGCAGUGUCAAAUCAAUACUGAAAACAUUACAGAAACAAACAGGAGUGUUAAGGAAUCAACAGCAACCUUCUACUGAACAUAGCACUCCUACUGAUCCAAGACUUGCUAAAGAGAAAAGGAAAGGAAAUCAGGUGGUUGACCCUAGACUUAGGACUAUUCCAAGGCAAGACAUUAGAAAACCUUCUGAAUCUGUCCCGGUGGAUCUUAGACUUUCGUGGGAUCCCAGAAAAUUAAGAGGAAGUGGAAGUAGUCAAGUUGGCUCUGUAGUUAGGGGAACAAAGUUUGAUUUACACCAUUCAAGUGCUAGUGCUAAUAUCAAACACAAAAGAGGAGAUGAUGAUGAUGAAGAAACAGAAAGAGAACUGAGAGAAAAAGCUUUCUUAAUACCUUUAGAUUCUUCACCUGGUGUAAUACUCCAGGAUCCAAGGUCACAAUUGAGACAGUUCAGUCACAUUAAAAUGGACAUUAUCCUAACCAAACCCAACUUUGCAAAACACAUUGUGUGGGCGCCAGAAGAUUUACUUCCAGUACCUUUACCUAAGCCUGAUCCCGUAUCUUCAAUCAAUUUACCUCUGCCCCCUCUUAUAGCUGACCAGAGGCUCAAUAGGUUGUGGAAUAAAAAAGAUGAUCUUCAUCAAAACACAGUGCCCACUGAUCCAAAAUUAACAGCCAAGGCCAAAAUUAAUCCAACAAACAGAGAUGCUUACCUCGAACAAUUUGGAGACUUACAUAGUUCAGGAAGUAAAUUAGGAGAUCCUAGGCUACAAAAGAAUUUUGAUCCUAGGCUUCACAGACUGUCCAGUACGGAGUCCUAUCAAGCAGCUGUGAAGGAAUCACAUACAUCAAAGAGUACACCUCAUUUAGCCAGAUCAAACCCUGGUUCAUCACAGCCACUGGGAACAGUUCCUACCAGCACCAGUCCUGAGGCUGUGCCUCCGUAUGCCCCUAAACUCUCAUCCUCAGCUGGCCUUCCCCCGGGAACUCCGACUUCAGUUCUUGGCGGUAUUAGUUUAUAUGACCCUAGAGAGCAAGGUUUGUCAUCUCCACCAGAGCUAGCAGCAGUUUCUGUAGGAGAAAAUUUAGAGAACCAGAAAAGUGGUUUAAAAAACAGUGACAAAAAUGAGCCUUCUCCUCCUGGAGAAGUCCUCCCACAGAAGAACACUCCAGAUGCAGAAGUCACUGGUGAGGGGCCAGCUGACACGCAGGCAGAUAGUGUCAGGAGUUCCAACAAGGGUCAGGUCUCAGCAGUGCACAGUCUUCCCAUUCAGACCCUAGCAGGCUUGAUCCGACCCCCAUACGGUGACCCAAGGCAGGCGAAGCAGCCCGGACAGGUGAGCCCGAUACCAGAUCAUGACCCCAGUAGAGAAACAGAUGACAAAUCUCUAAAAGAGGUUUUUAAAACGUUUGACCCAACUGCUUCACCAUUUUGUUAGCGCUCAUGUAAUUAAGCAGUUCUUUUCACUCUUGUGAUUUUUUGCAGUCCUCUGCUGUUUUGUAACUGGUUUACCUCUAUAGUUUAUUUAUUUUUAAAUUAUAAACACUUUUCAGCUGCUAGUAUCAGAACCACAUGAAAUUAUAUCCUCUAAAGUCUGUGGUAUUUUAUAUAAUAUUUUUAUAACUUUAAGAGACUGUAGUAAUUGACAUAGAAUUGCAUAUCAUGUUAGUAAAGUACUUUUAUUGUAAAUAAACCACCAGAACUCAGCACUCUGCCUGAACUUAUGCCAGUUGUCUUUCAUAAUCAAUGUUUAGAUAAAUGAUUACCACUUUUAUAUGGUUGUUUAGUUUUAAGCAAUAUGAUAUAUAUUACUUUUGAGAAACAGUAUUUUGACUAGGAUCCUCUCUCUAUUUGUCAGCAUAGAACUGAUUAGUAUGUUAUGCCAGCUGCUAACUAAAUUGUAAAAUGAAGUGUAAAACAAUUUAAAAUCUUAAUUAGCAUAGCAAUUCAUGGUUAAGGGCAUCACUUUUAUUAGUAUUGGCAAUAUUAUUGUGUAUAUGAAGCAUUUGAAUGUCAUAUCUUUUUAAAGUAUUGUAUACUGUAUCAUAGAUGUUGGAGAUAUAUGAAUAGGAUGUUUUGCUAAGGUGAAAUAUUCCCAAAUUCUCUAACAUAACUUUUUAAAUUUAAUUUUUCCUAUCAAAUAACAAUGAAUUAUGGCUGUAUUACAUUGUGAUGUUCAUGUAUUUCAAUGUUUUUGUCUUUCGUGGCAUAAUUUAUAUUAUUUUUCAAAUAAUGUAGCUACAGUAAUUGUGUUCAUCAUGAUAUUGGCAAUUUUUAACAAAAAUUUCAAAAGAAUUAGUGAGUCUGAAGUGAUUAUUACAUUGAUAAUGUGUCUUAAACGGUCUGUAUUCUUUUCUUAAACAGCAAGAAAGCACUGAGAUGGCAGGUAUAGUUAACUGUAUGCAGCUACCAAUAAAGAAUCUCUUUCAGAUUUCACCUGA